UGGUGGCUUGAUGCCAUAUGUUCCUUUUAGGAUCUCAAGGCUUUUAGCUGAUGGUCUUGGUGUAUCCAUUCCAACUGGAUAGCUAUUUUGGAGUCUAAUUUCACUCUUCUUGUUCCUUUGGUUUUGGGAAAGGUUCCUUCCUCAUCUUUGCUCAUAUUAACAAUCCUCAUUUUGUACACAUUCUUAAUAAUACUGACUUAUAUACUAGGGAUGAAAUAGUUCUACUGACGGGUUUUUAGUGGAUUAUGAGUCUAUUCUUGUUGAUGAUUAACAAUAAAUGUACCCUUAAGUUUUGGGAAUAACAACUCAGCCUCUAUCUCUCUCUCUCUACUAAAUUGCAUAAGAUGAUAUGUAUUAAGGUUUUUUUCUUCCCUUUUCUUUAAUUAUUUACAUUACUUACCCUAGUGGUUAGAACAUCAUAUUUAUUUAGUUAAGUUCUUGUAUCUACAUUAGAAUGACAACAUGAUUCUAGCUCACCCUGUUUAAGUUAAUUUAUUCUAACAAAAAUAUAUUUUUUUUUGACCUUUUACUUCAUCUCUUUGAAGCAUUUUCAUUUGUAAUUUUGGUAUUAUUAAGUUUUUGUCAAGAAAAUUAGAAAUUUGUCAAACAGAGGCAUGAAAGUUUAGACGAAUGAUAUUUUAUUAAACUUUUUCUGAAGGUUUAAGUUCCAAAACUGUUUAGGUUUUCCAGACUGUUAAGAGUUCCAUUAUCCCACAUCUAAAGUAUAGAACAAGUUCAAUGGGCUUAUAAGGGUCAAAGCUAACUAGACUAAUUGGUUAGGUCUAAACUUUUAGCAAUGGUCAGUCCAAGCCUAAGUAUGCCCAUUUCACAUUUUAUGACUCUUGUCUAGGUCCAUUCAUUCACCUCUGAGUUCUAAUAUCCCACAUCUAAAGUAUACAACAAGUUCAAUGGGCUUAUAAGGGUCAAGUCUAAUUAAGCUGAUUGGUUAGGUCUAACCUUUUAGCAAUGGUUGGUCUAAGCCCAAGUAAGCCCAUCUCACGCUUCAUCGACUUUAGCUUCUGGCCUACUUAUUCAUUUUUUGCCUGUUCAUUCUCAAUUCAGUAAUUCAGACUCCUAAAAAGUGGUUCAAUAGGGGCAUUAGUGUUUAUUUGAUUAUUUUUAUCAAACUACACUCAAUUUGACUUCAAAACUCAUAAGCAAUGUAUUCAGAAGUAACUAAUAUUGUUGAAACUUCUAAAGGAGAUGGAGAUGGAAGUAUUUUGACCAACGUAUUGAUAUUACUUACAUACAUGAUUCCAAGCAUUCUGUAACAACCAAGCUAUUACUGUAGCUAUGGUAUAAACUGGAUCUUCUCUUCUGUGAUUGGCUGAGAUAAGCAUUAUAGCUAAAAGGCCCUUAAUUUUCCGUUAUUUUAAGACAAAUUGUCAUAAAAAAUUGACUAGACAAUACAUGCAGGGGAACCCUGCAGAAAGCAAUUAAGAAAUAAGGUACAUUUCCCAAUUUUUAAUUGUUCUUCCUUUUGUUUUUCUUUUUUAAAUAUUUUUUGGAUUAUAGUUGUCGCAAGGGGUUUUGCGGUCGCCUGGACGAAAGCUCUUCACUGAAGUGGGAAAAGUGAGGAGUCGCCACUUUAAUUUUGAGGGGAAUUAAAGGAAACCAUUUGUGAAAAUAAAUUAAAAGAAACCACUUCGAAAACAGAGAUUCUAGGUUCGGGGUCCAUAUACGGGAGGGGAAGGUGUUAGGCACCCCGCCUCGUUCCUCAAUGAGGGUAAACAGAUUUAAUGUUAUGCUCUUCUAUAAAUUAAAAGGGUAAUUAGGGGAUUGGGAUAAUGAUGAUGUUAAUCCUUUGUGCAAGAUGAAGGAAUGUUUGAUAUUUCACUUAUUUUGGGCUGCCCAGGAACACAAGUUCGUGAGAUGGCCCUUUGGUGAAUAAGUGUUUGAGGGAGGUUGUCUUGUGUAUUGUGGUCAUGUCAUUUAGUUUGAAUUUUAUUAAGAGAGCUCGGGCAGGGAACUUCUCCCAAUCUCUAGAUAUAUUUUAUUAAGAGUUUUGAGUGGGAAAUUUCGGAUAAGAACUCUACUCCGAUUUUCCCGUUUUAAUUUAGGUGAGAAUUAGGUAAGAUUUCUUCCCCGAUCUCUUAGGUUGUACGGUUUAAAAUUUGAUGGAGGAUCUCGGAUAAGAACUCUCCUCCGAUCUCCGCUUUUAUUUGACUGAGGAUCAGGUAAGAACUCUCUCCCGACCUCUUUAGUUCAAAAAUUUAAAUGAAGGAUCUCGGAUAAGAACUCUCCUCCGAUCUCCGUGUUUUUUAUUUGAAUGAGGAUUGGGUAAGAGCUCUCCCCCGACCUCUUAAAGUAUUCGGUUUGAAAUUUUUAAUGAAGGAUCUCGGAUAAGAACUCUCCUCCGAUCUCCGUUUUUGUUCGAAUGAGGAUCGGGUAAGAACUCUCCCCUGACCUCUUAAAGUAUUCAGUUUGAAAUUUGAAUGAAGGAUUUCGGAUAAAAACUCUCCUCCGAUCUCCGUUUUUAUUCGAAUGAGGAUCGGGUAAGAACUCUCCCCCGACCUCUUAAAGUAUUCGGUUUGAAAUUUUAAUGAAGGAUCUCGGAUAAAAACUCUCCUCCGAUCUCCAUUUUGUUCGAAUGAGGAUCGGGUAAGAACUCUCCCCCUACCUCUUAAAGUAUUCGGUUUAAGACCGAGCUUUUCACCGAUCUCGUAUACGACUCUCUUGUCCGAACUCUUUGGCUGGCUACAUCUGAUUUCUUUCGGUUACUAGUCUGGGAUCCUACCUCAGUUCUCGCUUUAUUAUGUUAUUCCCUAGACUCGCUUAGUAACCCGACCUCAUGACUUUUCCCCUAAUUUCCUAUUCAUUUUUCGAUUAUUUUAUUUAUUUCAAAAGACACUAUCACAUUAGGAUAUUGCUACCAACUCUUUGCUAAAUUACCUAGAAGUUACUCGCAACCAGCACAUCUAUAUUCGAAGGAAACAAAAACUAAGAACAAAUAAAUAACGUGAACUGGAGAAUAGAAAAAGUAAACUCAAGAGAGUAAUUAUCGGCCUAAAGGAUUCGCAUGGAGAUUUUUGGUAUAACUGAACUUAAUGAGAAUUUUGAGAAUAAAGGCAGAGAACGUAAAAUGAGAGCAUUCGGAAAGGUGACAGUCUAGAUACUUACCUGUAUGAGGUUGAGGUUAUCAAACUGACUUUGAAGAUCACAAAUAUUGCUAUGUUGACGGCUGGUGGUUCCGGGACCAAUGCUUACUUUGAGAUUGCGAGAACCGGGUUGAAAUGCAGUUAAGUUGAAGCUACAGCUACCUAGUCAGAAUGAAGUCAAGCUGAGAGAAGAACGAGUAGAUGAUGGGGCGAUGAAGACUGAACGGAAAUGGUAUGGCAGAGUGACGAACAAACUGAAAAUGAAGGAUUUCAGGGUUCGGAAACUCUAUCAAUGGAGACACUCUAGAAAACUAGUUUCUGAAGUUUCUCAAUUUUUAUGCAAGCUUAGAAUGGCAAAGCAGCAAGACUGAAUUAAAUUUCAGAGCCUUUCCACUAUAAUCACCCCCUUUUUUGUCCGUCCCCUCUACAGUAUUGCAUGCAGGUAUUUAUAGGGAACGGGUGCUACUAAUGAAGGGUCAGGAUCUCCCCUUGGGGAGACGGAAGGUUUGGAUUUAAAAGGACAUAAUCCGAUGUCUGAGAAUUAAAGAGAAUCAAAAUGGAUGGCUAGGAUCCCAUCCAGAAUAUCCGUCCUUUUUCUUCCUAAUCCAACGGUUCAGGAUCCUUCCUUACAAGAUGGAUCCGAGGGCUGGGAAUAAAAGGCGCCGGACCUGUCGUCUGUUUUUGAUCCAAGGGCUCCGAGUUUGUCCUUGCAAGUAUGAUCAACGGUGAGGAUUGUGAUGUACAGAACUGUCAUAACUGUUUUUGGCGUCUGUCAGCAAUGUGGGCGAUUCUGCAAAUGAGGCGUGCGGUGAAGAUUUGAUCACGCCUGCAACGCUUUAACUACCUCGGCUCUGAUUAUAUAGAGAGUUAUUGGAAGUCGUCUCAUUCUCUUCUUGCUUUCCGAUCUCCUAUUCCGUCCGAUCUCUCUAUUAUAGCUCCUUUUCCGAUCUCUCAUAUCGGGCCCCUCUCCCGAUCUCUUCCAUUCUAGAACCUUCCCUUCUGACUGAUCUGUCUCAGUCAAAGCAUUUAAUUCUUUACCGAUGCAUCCGCUUCGGUUUCCGUAAGUAAUAAAUGCUCAGGCUCCCUAUAUAUACGGCUCAGCAGGGAAUCUCUCCCACAUUACAUUUCUCCUUUUUCCAUUUCUCACUUCUCCUGUUCUAGUUUCCCGGCAAUAUUUUUGAUCUUUUUCCGACUGUUCUCUUUGCUCUCCGACUGAAAAUUUAUGAUCCCGGUGAUCGGAGAAUCAUGAGAACCACAUCUAAUAACAAUGAGAGAACCGGACUAAUUUACUGAUUAAGAUCGAAAAUGUCGAUCGUACCGAUCUCGAAUCAGUCUACCGAUAUAAUCGGUGAACUGAUUUCGGGCGAGAGGACUACUAAUUUCCCUUUUAAAAUCGGUGACCGCCUCUUGAAGUUCAUUUGGCUCCUCACCACAUCGGGCGUCUCGACUGCAGCUCGGUUCUGGUCGAUGACAUCGACGAUGACUCCGCUUACCAUCAUGAGAGUCAUAGUCACUCCAUCUGAGCUGCACAUCUAUCCGGUGCCUAUGGCUGGCUUUCUGAUCAAACACAUCUUUUGAUUCAGCCACAAGACUAGGCUUUGACAUAGGUCCUUACUAGGUAGGAUGUAGUGCCGAUCUUUAGAGAUCGCCCAAAUGAUGUAAUCUGGCCUUUAAAGGUUCUUAAUGAUGUAAUCCGAUCUCUUGAGAUCGCCCAAAUGAUGUAAUUUUAUUUGACCUUUUGGAAAUGAAAUGAAAUUUUUUUUGACAGUUAUCAUUUAAUUAUUGCCUUGAUUAAUUUCCGAUCUCUGAUGUGCAUAUCCGAUCUGGUUCCUAACUAAAUCACCCUUAGCCGAUCUGUAACUCUGAACAUCCGCCUUAAUCCGACGAUCUUAGCCAGCCGAUCUCCUUUUAUUUUAUUUAUGGUGUUUCUGGAAUCUUCCUGCGACGUGUCAGGAAAGCGGGUGGAUUCCGCUAACCGAUGCGUCGCUUGGGACACUGUGAGCAUUGAAUGCUCAGACGGGUAUAAAUAGGGGAAGGGUCAGUCAGUUGCUCCCUUAUGUCAUUUUCAGCACUUUGUGAGCGAUUCCAAAAUUCUCUCGUUUCUUCAAGUUUUUUCCAACGCCGAUCACAUUCCGGUAAGGGUUUUGAUCUUUCUCUUAGUUAAACUUCUUUCAUUUCUUUGAAAAUGAGCGGCGCCGAGGGUCAGAGAGCGGCAAGCCCUCCUUCCGUCCAUGUCUCGUGGUCAUCGGAUGAAGUCGAGGUGAUUAGGUCGAGUGGGCGCCCUGAGCCUCCUACGACCUCUGUUUUAGCCGUGGUCAAGCGGCACAAUCAAGACAAACAUAUUCCUCUGGGAGAGAAAAUCUUCCCGUGGAUGAGUUGCCGUCAAUCUUCCAAGAAACCGAUCUGCAGUCGAUUAGUCAAGAGUACAACCUUCGGACCAACUCAUACGAGCUUAUCAGAUGUCAUGGCGAUCUUCGAGCCGAUCACUUCUUUGAAGAAAAUGAUGCGAUCAUGAUAUAUGAAGAGCAAUUAAAAGCCGGGCUCCGGUUUCCUCUUGACAACUUCUUCAAAGACGUUCUGAAGUUCCACCACGUAUGUAUAGUUCAAGUACAUCCGAAUUCAUGGCGAAUUCUGGUGGCUUUCAGAGGCUUAUGCCGAGCCAAGAAGCUCGAGCUUACAGCAAAAGUUUUUGCCGAGCUGCAUAGACUUACUCGUUCAAAGGACGACGAGUAUUGGUUCUUCCAAGCCAAACCACACUGUGGGCUUUUUACCGAUCUCCCCUCCUCACUGAAAAAUUGAAAGAAUCGCUUCUUUAUAUUAAGGAGCAAGAUUCCGAACGGUUUUGAGGGUUUCCCACGCAGCUGGCAGCAUCUGGGCCCAUCAAUUCCAAAGAGGAUCGCCCUGAGCAGGGACGAGGGUGCCAUGGUAAUGGAAUUAAAGGAUCAGGCGGCCACUCAAAAGUAUUCGUGCCUAUAUGCUGUUAUGGCCGAACUGAGAUGGUGGCUGAUGCGGAUGAUCGCCAAUGAAAACUAUGAACUGCAGCUCUCUGACCUCGGACCCGGGACCGGUAUAACCUAAAUCUUUAGUCUCCCAGUUUAGGUAAUCUCACUAACUGUUUUUCUGUGCAGAAAUGGCUGGAGGCGAAGGCGCAAAGGAGAGCCGCAAGCGGAAAAGAGAAGUCUCCCGGAAGGUACGAGAAAUGAAGAUCGCCGCGGCAUCACAGACGCCAAGGCGGGAUUCGGGAGAAGUGCCGGGAGACUCGUCCCGACCUUCGAGGCAACCGGUCUCAGAAGUAGAAGUAGCUCCUUCUCCCCCUCGACAAGAAGAGCCACCACCUCCACCUGUUCCUUCUAGUGCGGAAGGUGGGCCUUCCCAACCUACUGUGAGGACCCUGUCUCGAGGUGCCCAGGUCCUUAUUCAUUCCUUAGAGAGGAACCGAUCAGUUCGGGAGAAUCCGGGCUUGGCCAAGGUUCUGGGAGCUUCCAUCUGCCUCCAGGAGGAUCGGAACAGGCUGAUCCCGAGUAGCAUUGACGAUCUCCUGGCCCAGACGAUGAGUUUAAGUGUAGAGAGCCUGGUGAACCAGCAUAUAAUCAGGGAAAAGGCUCGUCUUCUGAGGCAAGAAAUUCUAAAAGCGGUCCAGGACGCAGCUUCUGCCCAAGCCCAACUUUCAUCUGCCCAUGACUACAUUGCUGAAAUCGAAGGUCGGAUGAAAUCCUAUGAGGAUAAGUUGGCCGAUCAGGCUCGUGAACUUGGGGAAGCUCGGGCGCUCCGAACUGCUGACGUUGCUCGCCUUACCGAAGAGAUCAGAGCGAAAGAAGAAGAGGCUGUGACGAGGGAAGCUGGUGCCUAUGUGAAUGCCCACAGCGAUCUUCUGGCUGAGCUUAAGAGGCGUUACCCCGGGGAAGACUUUUCGUGGAUGGUGGAUCUGGCUCCUCAAGACGAAGAGGAGAGCGAGGAGAAAACCGAGAGAGAGAGAGAGAGACUGAGCGAAAUGUCAAUGUACCUGGAGAACAGGCUGGGGGUGACCCUCCAGCCGAAUGACUUGUAACCUUUAUUUUGAUAUGAAAUGAAAUCCCUUUUGUUCAAUUUCUUGAUGAGAUCGGAAAGUAUCCAAAUUGUAUGAGUGCUUGAUUGUUUGAACGUAUUAGGACAUCAAACUUAACAGCGAUUAUUAAUCUAAGUAUAAGAGGUUGGAAGAACAUUGUAACCAUGAGAUCGGCCUAAGCCGAGACCAAACACCGGAUAGAACUUUAGAUUAUUAAAAUUGGAAACUUGAUUUGAACACUUAAGAUCGGAAACACCAUUAAGUCGGACUGAAACCACAAUAUUUAUAAAGGAGAGAUCGGAAAUAAGAUUGGAUGGCACAGAGACCUGACAUUAGUUUGAUCUCCAUUGACGAGAGAUCGGAAAUGAAAUUGGACGGCAUGGAGACUUGAUAUUGGUGUGAUCUCCUUUGUUGGGAGAUCGGAAAUCAUUCGACUAGAUGCGGGAUCGGUUUAUUUCCUAAUCAAGUUACUUGUAACCGAAGAAUGUCAGUUAGGCGUCGAUUUUCAAAUUUCAUUGACUUCGGUGAACGGCCAAAAUAUGGUGUCGACAAUAGUGAUGUUGAAAAAGUUCCAGUAAGACACUGUUGGAUAUUACCAUUUCAUCAUUGUUAUUUGUGUCUUGUUUCUUUCACAGUUUGCAAGAUUUUUAUGUGCUUUUUCAUUCACAGGUAGUCUGGAACUGCUUCAAGGGUAAUGAUUUCAGUAAUCCAUUUUCAUUUGCUGUGGAUAAUUAGUUGGAUUCUUUUCUUUGCUCCCUUAUAAGUAUGCAUUUCAUAUUUAACUCAAGAACAUAUGCCAUCUUCCUCGCUAGAAAAAAAUAAAAAUAAAAAGAACAAAAGAUUUCCAUAUACUCUUUUAGAUAAUGAACUGAAGCUGCAUCUGCUGCAUUCGUCUUCUGAAUUUUAAGUGAAAGUUUAUUUUUUUGAAAGAAUAAUGAAUUUUUGAUAUUUAUUUGAUGCGGCAUGAUCCUAUAUAUAUAUAUAUAUAUAUAUAUAUAUAUAUAUAUAUAUAUAUGUUCAGGAAAAAAAUGAAAUAAUUAUCAUUCUUUAGGCACUUCAAAUGUGUCUAUUUGAUUAAAACUGUCCUAUAGGUUUGGCAACGUAUGUUGAUAAAAAUCACGGACUUUACUAAGUAUGUUAUCCUUCCAUGGUUCUUCACAUACUAAUAGUUGAAAGAAAAUGCAUUAGCUUUUUCAUCAUCUUUGUUUGGGUAAUUUCAAUUGCAGAAUGUAUAUUACCCUAUUAAAUUUAAUAUGUUAGUUGAGAUUAGAUAACAAUACAUCAGACCUCAUAUUGUUUAGUCUUGGCAACUGUAAGUUAAGCUCAUUGAAUAGCUUGGAUUAUAUAUAAUAUGUGUUGCAGGUAGCUUGUACUUUUGGGACUCAUAUUGGUAUUAUAAUUUAAUUUAUGUUAAAAAAAUAGUACUGCAUGUUUAUGGUUGAAUUUCUUGCUAGACUAAAUUAAAGGAUACUCUUAACUUCUUUAUUUUUUUCAAAUUUGUUCUGAUAAUUAUUUGUUUUCUUCAUUGUUCUGGACCCCAUGGAUGUAAGUAAAUCUAGACCUUUGCUUUCAAUGGUUAAGCCACAUGUGUUCAUUGAAGCUGAUGGGAUGGGAAUGUAAGUCACACUAUUACCAUGUGAACUUUUGUUCUAUGUAGUUUUUAAUGUGCCUUGCUUUCACCAAAAUUUCUCAAUCAAAUUUAUUAAAUUUUCUAUAGUGUAUGCAACUUCCAUGGUUAGCCUUUGGGAAGAUGGCAUUUCACAAUUCUGAUCAGUUCCGUGUUCCACAAUAAUGUGCUUCUCUGCAUUUAUGCUUAUACUGUACACUCUGAUUUCAUUAACCUUUGGCAUAGCCUAAAACACUCUCCAACUAAUGUUUGUUUUUGUUCAGAGACGUUUUAAUGACAUUAUACUCUGGAGAAGGGAAAAUAAAACUGUCUAGGUCCUUGCACUAUAAGAAUGGAAGUCUACUUGUCAGGCUAAAUAAACAAUCAGAGUGACAAAUAUCUUUUACCAUUCAAUUGAGUUGUAUGCUUGUCAUAUCAGUAGGGUAAAGAGUGACUUAAGAUGUGAGAAUCAUUGGGAAUGUACCAGCAAAAUAAAAUCUUGAAGUUACAAAGUUGGUGCAUUUAAUUUAAGGACUCAUCUCAUGGAGUGGCAAAGUCCAUAAUGGAAAGAGACAUGAAAAUAUAUGCAAAAAAUGGAGAAACACAGUGCUGCAAUGACAAUACUAUUUAUGCCAGAUGUCAAAUAGACUUCCUGUGCAAAGGAUAGUAUUUUUGAGUGAAUUUAUUACCUUGUACCAGUGUCCAUACACUUUGCGGACACAACAAUGUGCUUGGGAAGCUGAUGCUUUUGCUGAUUUUGUGGUUUUGCUAAGUUCUCUUCUUUGUCGUACCCAUAUUCUUUGUAUUAUUGCAGACAGAAAGGAACUAUUUUCUAUCAAGUUGCUUUCCAUUGCCAAAAAUUUCUCUACUAAGUCCAUUCUUAAAUAUUGAAUCUAUCUUCUUUUAUUUUCAGAUUCAUUCAUCUCACUUUACUGGAUUUUAACAUCAUUAAUCUAAAAAACUUAUCAACUAUAUUUGGUGGCAAAGAGUCAGUUUUUGCAAAGAAUGAGAAUGCCUGAACUCUUUCAAUUGUUUGUAGUCAGCUGUAGCAGAACAACUGAGUGGUGCACUGUGUCAAUCUGGACUCUCAGUUCUUCCUUGUGUUGCAGCACAUGUUAACCAGGUUUCUCGUUCAAUCCUUGUUUUCUUCAUUUUUAUUGUUGUUUUCCAUUUUCAGUUUUGGUUUCUUAGUUUUCCACAAUUACAGUAUUAGCUUGCAUUAUGUUAUUGGAGUAUAUCAUCAUUGACUCAUUUCUAGUGAACUUUUGGGUUUGAAAGGACAAGUUACACAAUCAAAUUAAGAAAUUUUGAAGAAUGCCACUAAUAGUUGAGAAACAUCUUCUGUACUGAAAAAAUAUUCUUGUAUAAUUUACGGUUACUAUAGCUUAGCCAUGCAACUGUAUUGAAGGAUACAUAACAAGUGAUAACUGAUGCCAUCAAUAUGGUUAGUCAUAAUGGCCAAUGGAUAUAGUAAUUAGCAAAAAUUGUCAAUUUUGCUUCUUAUCAUUUAGAUAGGAAGAAAAAUACAAUGAUUGUAGAAUUUAGCUUCAAUGACUAGCAAAGUUCUGUUGCAUAACAACAAUAAAACAAGAAGAAAUGCAUCUAGCGUAUUAAGUGACAAUAACAAAUGGAAAGGAAUCAGAACUGCAUCCGAUAAGCUAAAAUCAACCUAUAAAUUAAGGAUAUCAUGCUUACCCAAAUAGAUACAGUUGAUGGUUUCCUUGUAAAUUAUUGUCUGGUGGACCUAAAUACUAGCCACUUAAUUAUGGAUUAUUGUGAGUACAACACAUUAUCCAAAAGUUGCACUUGCAAAAGUCAAGCUAAUUAAUACAGAAGCUCUUGAGAAUUUUUCUUUGGGCUGAAAUUCAGGGUAUAGGACAUCUCUCCCAACCCAAAUAAUGGGCUCUGUAGUUGAUGCAGAAUAUAUUCCUAAAGAUUUUAGGUAGACCUAGGUUUUUCAUUAUUAGAUAAUUUUUGUUAUGAAAAAUUUAUGAGAUCAAUAAAAUUUUGAGAAUUAGUUUUCUUUCCCAAGGAUUGGUCCUUAUUUUGUUCGUUAUUCUUGUUUGUUCUACAUCAGUAGUUCUUUAUGGUGUCUACCUUAACCAGACUAUCACUUAAUUAGGUUAUUUUGUUGAGAUUAAGGCUCCUGGCUAUUUGAAGAGAACUGCUGUAGAUCAAAGCUGCAUAUAAAGAGAAGGCUUUCAUGUGUGUAGUACAGAAUAUUCAACAUCACCUCAUGCCAUUUGGAAUGGUUUUUAUUAUGAUCUAUAAGUUUAAAGGAAUAUAACUAAUGUUGGGAAAUUUUAUAUGGUUAAUAUAAUUAAUGUGUCUAGGAGAAUUUUGGAAAAAAUUUAUGCUUCUUUCCUGUGUUAUUAAAGUUGACGAAAGGCAACCACCGAGCGUGGUUGCUUGGUGGUUAACCUAGUGAGACCGUCCUAUCCCACCCCGGUUUUGACUUCCCGCACCAGCAUUUGAAGACUAAAUAUUGUCUCUGCUUUGGAAUGCACUAGGAGUCGGCAGCGGAUUGUCCAGUGAUUCAUCUCACGGGGUGCCACCUCGAGUUCGGUGGUAGGUCCCUCCUUUGGGGAGGGUUAAAUUGAGGACACAAACUGGUGACCCCGGGAAGGGCCUAAGGGGGCAAUGACCGUUAUAUCCGAAGAGCCCUCAUUUUUUGCUCUUAAAAAAAAAAAAAAAAAAAAAAAGUCGACGAAAGGCGUCGGACGAGGAGCCGGGCGAGGCGAGGUGAGUCCCUGGCAACUCGCCUGGCCGAGGCUACGCGGCUGAGAAGAGGCGAUCAACCCCAGAGCUUAAAGGCGACAGGUGAUAGGGCGUUGAGGCGCCACCCCAGACAAACUAACUGUAAUUUUAGGUUUUGUUUUUAAAAUUUUUUCUGAAUGGCAUAAAAAAGAAAACUUAAAGUAUCAGUCUUACUGGCCCCAACAGAGAAAGAUUGCAAGGAGAACAUAGCAGUCACCAACCAGCACCGGGAAUAUCGUCCUCUCUCUCUCUCUCUCUCUCUCUCUCUCUUUGUCGCUCUCUCUCUCUCUCAUCUUCACAUUCUUUCCCCUCAGUCUCCUCUGCUAUUCUUCUACUCUCUUCUCCUCUCACUCUCAUGCUGCGCUGCAGCCUGAAAACUGGGAUCCACUUUUUUUUUUUUUAAUUUUUUCUUCUUUUGUCUGCUCCUUCCCUUAUUUUGUUCUGUUCACGCCUUCAUGGCAUGGCUUCACACUGCUCUACCUAGCAGUCCAAGCGUCCAACACUUUUUUUUUUUAAUUUUUUUGUUAAAUUUAUUUAAUAUUUAGUGUAAUGUGUUUUUGUUAUUAAAUGGGUAUUGUGUGAUAUGAUUUUAUUAAAUGGGUAUUGUGAUUCUGAUUAUUUUUAUUAAAUGGGUAUUGAUGCUCUUGAUUUGUAAAUUGUAAUCGAGCAAAUUAUUGAAAAAAAUAUGUUAUUUAAUAAUUUGAUUUUUUAUUUGCUUGAACUGGGAAUUUGAGGUAGCAAUAAUAAUUGUUGCUUUAAUUAAUUAAUUUGUAAUUUUCUUCUGUAUGUUGCAUUAUUGCUAGUAUUGUAAAUGAUGGGUAUUGAUGCUCUUGAUAUGAAAAUUGUAAUUGAGCAAAUUAUUGAAAAAAAUGUUGUUUAAUACUUUAAUUUCUUUUUCUUUUAUAUUAACAUCUCUUAUUAUUAUUUGUAUUAUUGUUUAUGCUAUGAAUUUUAAUUUUACAACCUUACUUUUAUCUUUUAUUUAAGCUAGAAAGAUAUGCAUAAUUUUCAAUUUCUCUUAUCUUACAUAUAGACAUGAACUUAAUGCAAAUAAUGUGUUUUUUUUUCUUUUUAAUAUGUAUUUUUUUUACUUAUCAAACUGGUUAAAAGUAUGAAUUUCUAUAUUACAAGUACAUAUAUAUAUAUAUAUAUAAUUUAGGCAAUUUAGACUAUAGCGCCUUGUUUUAAAAAGGUCUCGCCUCGCUUUUCGCCUCUUGCCUAAGGCCAUAGGGUUCCCCGUCGCCUCUUGCCUUGAUAACAUUGCUUUCCUCAUAGUUUUCAAUCUUAGGAAUCCUCUCAGCUUUAUAUGGUAGUCUUACCUGCUUUUUUAUCAUUUUUAUUUUCUUUACUUCUUCCCUUUUCAGUGAUAAAGGGUAGAGGUGUUUUUUUACCAGAAAUAAGACUACAAGAUACAUCUUAAUCAUGUUAAUUACAACUGAUCGCUGGCCAAAGCCAAAAUACAUUUGCAAACGCAAAGUAAACAAUGAAAUUUAACAGUUCAGACUAACAAUGGUGCGAGUUGAACUUGGGAUCUCUUAAUCGCAGGGCCUCAAUCUUGUAUAAUUUUACUAAUAGAUCAAAGCCUCAUUUGGCAUAAGAAUUUUACUAGGUGUAGUGACUCGCUACAAUGAACUGUUGGAGUGAGUUAAUUUUUAUAUGUUUCAUUCACUUUUUACAUUUUUGUUAUUCCCUUUCUAUAUUUGUUACUUUAACAAAAUUUUCAUCUGUUUCAUUCACAUUCUUUAUUUAUCCAUUUACUUUCUGUCAUUACAACACUGUUCCCUUUAGUGACUCAUUACACCAAGUAUUUUUGCAUGAUAUAUUGAAGACCACAUAGGAUUGUACGAUUCCAGUUGAUGAGGAAUAAAGAAGCCUGAUGACUCAAGGAGGAUAAGUUAAAUGUUGAUUAAAAACUUCAAGUUUAGUAGUGGAACAUGUGUUAGCUAUAAUUAUAUUCCUUAUAUAUAAUCAUGUUUGCUUCCUUUGUGGCACGAGGUUAUAAAAAACUAGUCCUAGUUCUUCAA